GUGUUUACCAGGAGCAGACUGACAGCUGCAGGAAGGGCUGCAAUUUAUUCACUUAUGGAGGAUUUUUUUGAAGAGUGAAUGAAUAACUGGUGUUUGGAAAUAUUACGUUAUCACGCAGUGGAAUGUCCAAAAUUUUCCGUGUAUCCUGCUGUCGUAGAGAACUGAACUUUGGACUUUUUCAUUCACUGUUGGCCGGCUAGCCUGCUAGCUUGCCGAAGCUAGGCUAGCACUAGUUACAGCUGGACUCCAUCUUUGAAAUAGCAGCCACACACAGGCAUACAAAGGAACCCUGCAGAACCUGGUUAUUUUGUCCUGCUCAACAAAGGCCCUGUCUACACCUGGUUCAGAGAAAGACAAGAAGAGCAAUAUGGUGGACAAGAAUAUCUACAUCGUCCAGGGUGAAGUCAGUACUGUUGUUGGUGCUAUCAAGAGGAACUCCAGAUGGAAUACCCAUACUCCACUGGAUGAAGAACAGGACCCGUUACUUAACAGCUUUGGCCACGUCAAGGAAAUACUCAACAACAUAAAAGAGCUGUCAGAUGUUGAACCCAACGUCUUUCUGAGGCCCUUCCUAGAAGUGGUCCGCUCCGAGGACACCACUGGACCAAUCACAGGCCUCGCCCUUACUUCUGUCAACAAGUUCCUUUCCUAUGGCCUGAUAGAUGCCAACCAUGAAGCAGCAGCAGAAGCCAUUGAGAACAUGGCCGAUGCAGUCACACACGCUAGAUUUGUGGGAACAGACCCUGCCAGCGAUGAAGUCGUCCUGAUGAAAAUUCUACAGGUGCUGAGGACUCUGCUGCUGACACCAGUCGGAGCUCAUCUGACCAACGAGUCUGUGUGCGAGAUCAUGCAGUCCUGCUUCAGGAUCUGUUUUGAGAUGCGCCUCAGUGAGCUCCUCAGAAAGUCAGCUGAACAUACACUGGUCGACAUGGUGCAGCUACUGUUCUCAAGACUACCACAGUUCAAAGAAGAGGCUAAGAGUUAUGUGGCUGCCAACAUGAAAAAGCUGAAGAUGCGCGCAGGUGGGAUGAGCGAGUCAUCCAAAUGGAAGAAGCAGAAACGCUCGCCAAGGCCACCACGCCACAUGGUCCGAAGUCCUUCUGGUCAGAUGGACUCAACCCAGUCCAGUACUCUCAGCAACAACAACCUUUCAGUUGGCGUCCCAUUCAUUGAGCCAGGUGUAUCCACCUCCAGCCUACCGGCUUCGGACAGUGCCAGUUCAUCUGUCUCCAGCCCUACAACCACAGACAGUGGUCUGGACACGUGCUCCAAAGCCACCUCCAGGGAGGACCUCUCCGACCUGGAACAAUGUUACUCUUCUGCAGCCACCCUGAGCGCUGCUGCCAUGCCUCCUGACACUGAGCUUGGCUCUCCAGAUGCACAGACUGAGGACAGACAGGUUGAACAAGCUCAGUCAGCCUCAGUGGAGUCCAUCCCCGAGGUCCUGGAGGACAAAGACUCCAUCACAGAGCAGUCAGACAGCACCUCUGUCCAUGACAUGGACUAUGUCAAUCCCAGAGGAGUACGUUUCACACAGUCAACACAAAGAGACGGAGCGUCCCUCAUCCCUUAUGGCCUGCCAUGUCUAAGGGAGCUUUUUCGAUUUCUGAUCUCACUGACCAACCCACAUGACCGCCACAACACUGACGCCAUGAUGCACAUGGGCCUGCAGCUGCUGACUGUAGCACUGGAGUCAGCACACAUCACCAACUAUCAGUCUUUACUGGGACUGGUCAAAGAUGAACUCUGCAGACAUCUCUUCCAGCUGCUGAGUGUGGACCGGAUGAACCUUUAUGCUUCCUCCAUACGAGUUUGCUUCUUGCUUUUUGAAAGCAUGAGAGAACAUCUGAAGUUUCAGCUUGAGAUGUACCUGAAGAAGCUGAUGGAAAUCAUCACUUCAGAGAACAUUAAGAUGCCCUAUGAGAUGAAAGAGAUGGCUCUGGAGGCACUGGUCCAGCUGUGGAGGAUUCCCAGCUUUGUCACUGAACUCUACAUCAACUAUGACUGUGACUUCUACUGCUCCAAUCAGUUUGAGGACCUCACCAAGCUGCUGUCCAAGAAUGCGUUCCCAGUGUCAGGGCAGCUGUACACCACCCACCUCCUGUCACUGGAUGCUCUGCUCACUGUCAUCGACAGCACUGAGGCCCACUGCCAGGCCAAGGUGCUCAACAGCUCCGCUCAGCAGGAGCAGUCAGAAACACUGCUGGCCGACGGAGAGGCUACAGCCAGCAACGGAGCAGACACUACAGCUGAUCUUAACAGACUGGGCAGCACCAACAGUCUGAGUCUUCCACCAGCUGAGAACGCUCCAGUGUGUCCACCAACCAGUGGCCAUUUGAUGGCAGAGAAGAUGAGACUGGGAAGACAGGAUCAAGGAGACAGUGACACUGCUGAGAAGAGAGUCCCUAAAAAGCCUCAACGUUUCUCGUCAUGUUUACCUGAUUCCCAAGAGUUACUAGAAAUUAGAACAAAGAAAAAGCUGCUGAUCACAGGCACUGAGCAGUUCAACCAGAAGCCUAAGAAGGGAAUCCAGUUCCUGCAGGAAAAAGGCCUCCUCAGUAACCCCAUAGACAACAACCAGGUGGCCCAGUGGCUCCGAGAAAACCCCCGUCUGGACAAAAAGAUGAUAGGAGAGUACAUCAGCGAUCGCAAGAACAUGGAGCUCCUGGACAGCUUUGUCAACACAUUCACUUUUCAGGGCCUUCGUAUUGAUGAGGCCCUGCGACUCUACCUCGAGGCCUUUAGACUACCUGGAGAGGCUCCAGUCAUCCAGAGACUCUUGGAAACCUUCACAGACAACUGGCAUAAAGUGAACGGCUCUCCUUUCAUGACUAAUGACGCCGGCUUUGCCCUGGCCUACGCUGUCAUAAUGCUGAACACUGACCAGCAUAACCACAAUGUCCGCAAGCAGAACAUCCCCAUGACGAUAGAGCAAUUCAAGAAAAACCUGAAAGGAGUGAAUGGAAACAAAGACUUUGACCAGGACAUGUUGGAAGAUAUCUACAAUGCUAUUAAGAAUGAGGAGAUUGUGAUGCCAGAUGAGCAGACAGGGUUAGUGAAGGAGAACUACGUAUGGAGUGUGUUGCUACACCGUGGCGCCACGCCCGAAGGUAUCUUCCUCCACCUGCCACCCGGCAGCUACGACCAUGACUUGUUCACCAUGACCUGGGGUCCCACCAUUGCUGCCCUCUCAUACGUCUUUGACAAGAGCCUGGACGACAACAUCAUCCAGAAGGCCAUCACCGGCUUCAGGAAAUGUGCAAUGAUAGCAGCUCACUAUGGCUUCAGUGAUGUUUUCGACAAUUUGAUCAUCUCCCUGUGCAAGUUCACCACUCUGAGCAGCGAGUCUGUGGAAAACCUUCCUACAGUGUUUGGCAGCAAUAAUAAGGCCCAGACAGCAGCCAAGACAGUGUUUGACCUCGCCCAUCGGCACGGCAACAUCCUGAGGGAGGGCUGGAAGAACAUCAUGGAGUCCAUGCUCCAGCUGUUCAGAGCUGAGCUCCUGCCCAAAGCCAUGGUGGAGGUGGAGGAUUUUGUGGAGCCAAAUGGGAAAAUUUCUCUUCAAAGAGAGGAAACACCUUCAAAUCGAGGUGAGUCUGCAGUGCUGAGUUUUGUUAACUGGUUGACACUGAGUGGAGCCGAGCAGUCAGGACUCAGAGGGCCGUCCACGGAAAACCAGGAGGCCAAGCAGGCUGCCAUCCUCUGCAUAAAGCAAUGUGACCCAGAGAAGCUGAUCACAGAGAGUAAAUUCCUGCAACUGGAGUCUCUACAGGAGCUCAUGAAGGCUCUGAUCUCAGUCACCCCAGAUGAAGAGACAUAUGAUGAAGAGGAUGCUGCCUUCUGCUUGGAGAUGUUGCUGCGGAUCGUUUUGGAGAACCGAGACCGUGUGUCAUGUGUGUGGCAGACAGUGCGAGACCAUCUCUGCCAUCUUUGCGUCCACUCCAACGAGAGCUGCUUCCUGGUGGAGAGGGCUGUGGUUGGACUCCUUCGACUCGCAAUCCGGCUGUUACGGCGAGAAGACAUUAGCUCUCAGGUUCUCCACUCCCUGCGUCUCCUGCUGAUGAUGAAACCUCAUGUGUUGUCCCGGGUCAGCAGGGAGGUGGCCUAUGGCCUUCAUGAGCUGCUGAAAACUAAUGCAGCCAACAUUCACUGUACGAAUGACUGGUACACGCUCUUCUCCCUGUUGGAGUGCAUCGGAGCCGGAGUGAAACCUCCUGCCUCUUUCCAACUCACCUCCAGCACCGCUGACAAUGACACAGGAGCCCAAUCGGAUAGCGAGCUGCAGUCUCAUCAUCUCAGUGAAGUGAGCUCAGACCGAGGCUACACGUCUGACUCAGGAGUCUACACCGAGCACAGCAAGACCAGGAUCCCUCGUUCCGCAACAGAUGUGGAUGUAGCAAGCAGUGGAUGGCUUGUGGUUGGGAAAGAUGACCUGGAGACGACAAAGACCCCUGCAGCAAACUCUAAAGCCCAGCUGAAUCACCCACUGGUCAACCAGUACAGUCUGACACUGGGUCAGGACCUGGGCCAGCACGACACCAAGUCUCUCAUCAAGUGUGUGGAAACGCUCUCGUUCAUCGUCCGUGAUGCUGCCCACGUCACCCCUGACAACUUUGAGCUUUGCGUCAGAGCCAUUCGAGUGUUUGUGGAGGCCAGCCUCAACGGAGGUUACCGCAACCACGACAAAAAGAAGAGCCACAAGUACGACUCCUCCAAGUCCCGGAUGAGGAAGAAGGCAGGGGGAAAGGACAAGGAGGGUGGCGGUGGUACGAGGCGGGGAGGCAGCCGGGCAGCCAGUCAGCGUCUGUCACGUUCCCACAGCGACGAGGAGGAGGAGGAGGGUGUACCAGCCAGUUACCACACGGUGUCAUUACAGGUUAGUCAGGAUCUCUUAGACCUGAUGCACACUCUGCACACGCGCGCUGCCAGCAUAUACAGCUCCUGGGCAGAGGAGCAGCGCCAUCUGGAGGCUGCAGGCAGGAAGAUUGAGGCCGACUCCCAGACUCUGUGGACAAGCUGCUGGUGCCCACUGCUGCAAGGCAUUGCUUGGCUGUGUUGUGAUGCCAGACGUCAGGUUCGUAUGCAGGCCCUCACCUACCUCCAGAGAGCGCUGCUGGUCCAUGAUCUGCAGACACUCGAUGCAACAGAGUGGGAGUCCUGCUUCAAUAAGGUGCUUUUCCCCCUGCUGACUAAGCUGCUCGACAACAUCAGCCCAGCAGAUGUGGGUGGUAUGGAGGAGACUAGAAUGAGAGCCUGUACACUCCUAUCAAAGGUCUUCCUCCAGCACCUAUCUCCUCUGCUGUCCCUGCCUACCUUUGCUGCCCUCUGGCUCACAAUUCUAGAUUUCAUGGACAAGUAUAUGCAUGCAGGAUCCAGUGAUCUACUGUUGGAGGCCAUCCCCGAGUCUCUGAAGAACAUGCUGCUGGUGAUGGACACAGCAGGGAUCUUCCACAGUGCUGACUCCAGGACAGGAUAUUCAGACCUGUGGGAAAUUACCUGGGAACGAAUUGUCUGCUUCCUGCCUCACCUGAGGGAGGAGCUCUUCAAACAGACUGUCAUACCAGAUCCUGUACCCAGUCCUCCAGCAGAGCCUGUGCAGCCGACACCCUCAGCAGACCAGCCUCCAUCUCCACAUGUGUCUCAGCCGCCCUCCCCAGUCCCAGUUAGGGCUGCAGAGACUCAGACCCCCAGCAGGCCAGCAUCACCCCAGGAGCCCCUCACAGCCAGUGCCAACGGAUCAGACCGCUCCUUUCCAGUCCCUCCCUCGGUUCCCACCGUGCCAGUGCCGCUAACAACGUCCCCUGCCCAAGCUCCCUCGCCUCUGAGCCAGUCACCCCUCAUCCUGCAACCCCUCGCCUCCCCGCUGCAGGUGGGAGUCCCGCCCAUGUCCCUGCCAAUCAUCCUGAACCCUGCCCUCAUUGAGGCCACAUCCCCUGUCCCGCUGCUUCCUGGCCCCAGACCGACCAGUCCCUCUGAUGAGGUCAAGUAAGAGAACUUAAGCUACACACACUCUUCAUCUUUCCUGACCACCACCCCUCAGACACCUGGAGCCAACAGACUUACACCGCUGCUUGAACAGCUUGUCACACGUCAGUUACACCACACAUCCUUUAAAGGAGAGACGGCCCUAAACAUCUGAGAUUGUUUCAAAAACGAAAAAAAACGGUGGCUGGUGCACAUAGCAUUCUCUGUUCUACUUUUGUGUUUGGUAUGUCAUUGUCCCUGUGGAUGGAGGACUAAUGGAGACAGUGGGACAUCAUACGUGGAUAUUUAGAAACAAAAAAUGCAGGAUGAGAGGCAUGUUGUGAAAAAUGCUGAAAGUAAAAAUCUGAUUGACGUAAAGCAGCAUCACCAAAAAUGUAGAUCACGAUCAGAGCUGCAGGGGAAAAGACUGAGGUCCUGUCCUCACUGUUUUGGGGGGAUAAUUUGGGUGUUUUGGCAACCGAGGAAGAGUUUCUAUUGUACUGCAAAUGGUGAGCAUUUUAUUGGCUCUUUAUUUUUAAACUGAGAGCAUUAUAUGUAUUUUAGGCCAAAACAAGAAAAUAAAAACUUUGAUUCAGGAUUCCUCCACCACAGUCUUCUUCUUGGGAGUGUAAGGAGGGCUUAAAGGAAAAGGCAGGUGUUUAUUGUCUCAUAAAAAACCCUAACAAUGAGUUAGUCUGUCUGUCAGUACUGUCUGACUUCCCUGCCCUGUCUGUGGCUCUCAGCUCCAACAUCAUCGGUUCAUAUUCAAGAUUUGUAAGAGAAAUGUAUCAUUUCAGUAUAAAAAGCAGUUGUCAAUAAUUUCCUUAAGACAGCCGCUCACUGUAUUUUUUAGCAAAUGUUCCUCAAAGAGGUGGAAACUAUGAAUUUGUUGGACUAUUUUCAGCGGCAGAUUAAUUCACAUUUGUUGCUGUAGUGAGUAGCAGGACAUGGGCUUUGUUGGUAGUGUGAAAAAUAUUAAUCUCAGCAGCAUUGGAGGCCAUUGUGUCAUGACCUCUGUUUCUGAGCUGCCAGCGGCCCUGAUUUUACCACUUUCUCUUAAAAAUUCCUCUAAAAUCAGUUUUCAAAUGUGAAUGUGGAGUUGCUCCUAACAUGAUUAUGAUUGAUGUGUUUAUGGUACCAAACACACUGGACAUAAUGAGAAAUGUGGUAUUGAAGAUUGGAAUAUCAAAAUUGGGGUUUCAUCUAGAAUUAUUAUCCACCCUCCCAUGCCUCAUCAUGAACCUGCUGGAAAUCAUUUUGGAGGUGUUCUCUAGAGGGAGACCCCCGCCCCCCUAAUGAAUUGUAACUGGAUUAGGCCUGCUGGCUGACCUCAUGGCUUUGCUCCCACACCCGUGCUUCAUUGCAAAGUGGAGAUUUCAGGCAGGGACAGUAAGGAUCCACAGAGGUCAUUUAUUGGUUUUAGAUGCUGCAUGUUUUUGAUUUAAUCAGUGCUUUGACUUUAGCUGAAUGUUUUUGGGGGUCUUAACAGAGCUGUUCUAUCAGCCACUGUUAUCUCAUCAGCCAGGGAUCAGUGUCUGAUGGAAAACUGUAGCAAGAAAUGGCUUUAUUUAUGUACCAGGCACUUUUUGUUUCUUAGAGGCCAAAUGGUGUUGUGAUGUCCUGUAGCAGCUACAGACAGACACUCUGGCCUUCUCUGUUUGUUUCCUUCAGCUGUGCAUGAGCUCUUUCUCCCCAACAACAAAAAACAAGCUUCGCUUUCAGGCACCCUCUGAGGGACUGUGUCCACAGGAAGCCACCUCAGAUGGCCUGGAGACAUUACAUCUGCAACAUUCCACAAUGUAGAUACUUGAGUGUACAAUGAGCUCUGUCCACUGUACGGACAGUUUGAGAUCCAAAUGAUGACUUUUAGAGUUUAUGAUAAGUCUAACAGAUAAUAAAAGAGUUUAAUAUUAA